AUGGGAGGAAUUCUACCUAUUCAAACUUUGCCCGUUGCUGUAGUGAACACAGUAUCGGCAGAAUGCCCUAUCUGUCUUCAACCAUUUGAUUCUGAUCUUAUCAUAAUUAAAAUAUGGCGUCUUCGUCCAGGUAUGGCCUCACGGCCAUACAUACUCGACUCAUAUUUUAAUUAUAUCCGGCAAGGUUUUGCCAUUCCAGAAAAUGGGCAACAAUGCCAUGGUAAGCAAUUCUGCAGAGCAGAGCCUGGCCCAUGCCCAAAGACUAGAAUGGAUUUUCUCCCAGAGAGAAAAGGGUGCCCAACUUUGGAAAGGGUAAGCCCAGCAGAGUCUACAGGCAAUGCCUAGACCAUUCGGGCAACUACCUAGCGUGAAACUGGGCGUUACGUCCCAGGACUUGGAAUUUCCCUUUUUGCCGAAAGGUGACCAGAAAUUCCAUUUUUUAGAAUUUCGGAAAGCCAACUCUCGUAACUCAAGCAGCAGCCGCAGGAUUCCAUAGCCCGCCCACUCAAAACUUAAGCCGCUCAAUGCGGGAAGGAGGAGACGUGCUUCCCUUUGGCAAGUCUUUAUGGCUUGUUUGGGUACACGGCGCAAAGCAGGUGAACCUCACAUUGAGGUCCCUGGUGUCUGCGUAAACAACACGGCAGUCGCCUCAUUAAUGUAAUUUAAGAUUAAGAUUCUGAUCUCAUCAUCCCAAAGAUGAUAAAAUGUGGACAUACAAUGUGCUCAAUUUGCUUACUUAGCAUUCUCAAAAAUAAACAUUAUUUAUUGCAAGCAAAAAAGUAUUUAUUAAUGUCAUUUCUUUAUUUAUAAAUUUUAGAUAGGCUACUAAUAAUUAUAAUGCGAGAUUUUCAGUUUAAUUAUAUUAAAAUUCAAACAGUUUUCAUCUAAAACAUAAAAUUAAAUUAGAUAUUUCACAAAUUGAAUUUUUUAAAGUAAGAUAAAAAACUACUAUUUUAUUAAAAUUUUAAGAUUAGAGCGAAAAAUCUUUCUAAGCAGGGGGGAUUUAGAAAAAUUAAAAUCAGAUAUCGGUUCUGUAUGCUCGAUAUGCAAAUCAUUAGACCCAGAAAACAUCAAAAAUUUACCCACAAAUUAUGCGAUUUUGCAAAUAAAUGAAACUCAAUAUAAUUCAAAGAUGUGCAUCAAGCAUGGGCUUGAAUAUGGAUGCUAUUGCAAAAAAGACAAUAAACUCUUGUGCUGAAACUGUGCUGAAGAGCAUAGUAAUCAUAAAUGCAUACCUUUAAACAGCUCAAAAACUGAAAAAAUUAUUGAUAAAAUUAAUCAUAGGUUCUUAUGUGAAGAAGAUUUUCUCUUGAAAAAAUUGGAAGAUAUAGAAAGCAAGAGGAUGGAGUUGCAUGAAUGCAUGGAUUUGGUUAGAUCAGAUUAAAUUCUAACGGGUCUUAACGGUUUAUAUCACCCCCUCACCAUCACAGUGAACUUCAGGCUCAAGUAGCCCUAGUUACCUGUCAUCUCGCCAAAAAAUUGCUUUGGGAGAAUCCGAUGUUCAUGCCUUGGUCUGGUUCUUGGGCACUGAAUCCUUCAGCCUCAUUCAGUGUUCAGGGUACUAGUAAGAUGUCUUUGGUGCCUCCUUCUCAAAUAUAAACCUAUAUACGCAUAAAUUACUUUCCAGAUGUGCUAGCCGGAAAUUGCGCUCUCGGUAUUCCUGGGCCACCAAUAUGGCUAGCGCCUGACUUUUAAUAAUCCUAAUCCUAAUCCUAAUCCUCCUACCUGGGCUGGAAUAAACUUACCAGUCACCCUGAACCUAUUCUAUACUCGCCAUCUUUUAAAAAGUAUGAGUGCAUGGAAGAAGUUGAAAAAUCUGUGCAAAUUCAGAUAGAUUCCCUGAAUAAAACGCGAGAUGAUUUGAUUGCUAAAUUAAAUUUUGCAACAGAUGAAUGCAUAAAAAAGGUUGAAAAAACAUACAAAAAAUCAAAAAUUAUGGCAGCAGACGAGGCUUUACAAGCUGCAGCUAAUGAUGUCAAAAAUGAAUAUAGAAAAAUCUUACAUGCUUGCAAUUAAAACUUUAAUUUAUUUUAAAUUUUUUUUACAAAUCAUUAAUUUGUUAUAGAGGGAAUUUAGAGCAAAAAGAAAAGUAUGAAAAAUCUCCAAAAGAAAAGAAACUUUUAUAUUUCAAAAUGAAAACUUUAAAGCAUAAAAGAUGAGCAUUGCCUUCCGUUGGCAAAUUUUCCAGCAUAGUCGAGGAGCUCAAAGAUGACCAAAAUUACUCGGAAAAUAUUUUAGCUGAAUUCGAAAAGCUUAUAAUGUAA